AUGAUGCUGGCCCCUGCAUCUACUUACACAAACCCCUUUCCUUUCGAGCAAACGGAGACCUCAAGAUUCUGUAUGACGAUGGAUUCCGCAACAGCUACCCUCGCCUUUUUUGCGAAGUUACCUCUGGAGCUGCGAUGGAAAAUUAUGACCUUCGCCUUCCUCCUGCAAAUGCAGGCCGAAUUUGGCACAAAUGACUACGACGAAAUGGCGAAGCGUGUCUGCAACUACGGAAUGUCUGGUGCACAUUUCUGGCUGGCGGCGCUUCUUGACAUUGGCAUGCACAUCCCAAACCCACCGAUUCAAGGAAAAGGUGUUGGUUUCUUCCGUACCCACGAAUUGUAUGAUGGGUGGAGUCCCUUUCACGUCGCAGCGCAGGCAGGUAAUAUUCCGCUGAUACAACGCCUCGUCCGUCUUGGCUAUGACAUCAAUACUGUUGAGACCACUGGAGAGACUGCAGUGCGUGCAAUUGCAGAAGAAAUGGGCUAUCACGACACGAGAGUGCACCAGGAUCUUCUUGUGCUCCAAGCCCUCUUCAAAGAAGGUGCUGACAUUAAUUUUGUGCAUAAAGAGGGAAAGUGUGCCCAUAUCAUCUACGAACUCAUCCGGCACGACUGGACCAAGCCGCAGCUCUACAAUACAUGUGUCGCAGCAAUUAAACUGCUGGUAAAACAUGGAGCCCCACUGGAUCGUUCCUUGCACGCUGUGGCAGAUGCUUGGGGCAGAUCAAACCCCAAGCUUAUCAAAGUGCUACUUGAUGCCGGUGCAGGUAUUGAAGAGCUAUGGAAUGGCAUGACCCCGCUCGUGUAUGCUGCAUCACAGAAAGAUCCCAAAGUAGUCCAAGCACUACUUGAUGCAGGUGCCAGUUUGAAUGUGGUUGGUACAGGAGAGGGUAUCCUGUUUGCAGCAAUCAGCCCUAUCAAGGAUCACUACGUUUAUGCACCUACCACUGCUCAAACGUUGACAGUGCUCUGCAAUGCUGGUGCAAACACAGCACAGCUGAAUCAUGACAACCACAGCGUCCUGUCCUUUGCGUUGACGGAAUCUGGCUACAGUACAAAACGACAUCGCACCUGGGACACUGUGCCGGCUGUGGUUGAAGCACUCUGCAAAGGUGGAGCAGAUGUUAAUAUCCAUCACCACAAUGUCCCGUAUGGGCCGAAGAAAGGCGACACUCCUUUGCAUGUUGCCAUUGAUGCAAGUACUGGGAAUCCUCGUGCCAGCUCUGUGGUGCGUUCUGAGUGUGUUGAGAUAUUGAUCUUGCAUGGUGCCGAUGUCAAUGCUAAAAAUGACGCUGGACAAACACCUCUGCACUUGGCUGCUGCUGCACGAAACAACCUUGCUUGUGCACAAGUCCUUUUACAACAUGGUGCCAAGCUGGACGUGAAGGAUUCUGAUGGAAAUACGCCACUCAUGCUGGCACAAGGUGAAGUGGUAGCUUUCCUCGCGGAACAGGAACAUGAAGCAAUGGGUACCAGAGAGAUUACAGAAUAG